GAAAGAGCGCGCGUGUGAUGUGUUUGUGUAUCCUCAGUGUUUUUCUCUCUUGCGUGUUUCAUUGAGUGUAAACAGAGUCUUGUCUGUGUAUUUAAGUGUUGAGACGUUAAUGAUGAGAUGUGCUGUAAAUCAGUAUGAACUGAUCUCUCCAUGCUGGAUAUAUUGAUGAUUUAAUCACAGAAAUCUCUCAGCUGGAGAAAGAGUUGGCGUUACUGGAGACAAAGCUGAGGUCAAGAGGAGAUUUAGCAAUUAAUCGUGAGGAUGUGGAUUGUUGUGAAUCUUCAGUGUAUGUGACUGAUGAUGGGAGUCUGGAUUCAGUGUGGAUGAGCAGAGAUCAGAGCCGCACACCACAGACACUGCUGGACUCUAAACUCUCUGAAGAGAAAUCCAGACACACACAGGACUCCGAUCUCAGUCUGACUUUACUCUGUUAUACUGAGUCAAAGCACACAGACAUUCAGGACACUACAGUGUGUGACAGUAAACAGAGCUUACAGGAGGAUCAAACCUCCACAGAGUCUCUGGAUUCUGUCUGUAACGCUGGAGAACAGCAGCAGAUCCUGCAGACCAAACUGAAGAUGUGUUCAGUUAAACUCAUCGACUGCACGAACCUCAUGAUGAAGAUUAAAACUGAACCCACAGAAAUCAAAACUGAACCCACAGAAAUCAAAACUGAACCCACAGAAAUCAAAACUGAACCAACAGAAAUCAAAACUGAACCCACAGAAGAGGAAGAUCGCCCUGAUGAAGAUGAUGACUUUAUUACAUCAGAUGUGAAGUGUGAUUCAUGUUUGGAUAUAGAAAUAACGUCCUCAACAUCAAAAGAGCGACUGACAGCACAAACUCUUUCCUGCAUCACCUGUGGAAAGACAUUCAGCUCACAGAGACUUUUAGAGAGACAUGAGAGAAAACACACAGAACAGAAACUCUUCACCAGAUCUGAGAUCAGCUUUACUACCUUACAAGAGAAGAAACUUCAUUCAAAAGACCACAGAGAGAAGAAGAAGCAGUUUCACUGUGAGCAGUGUGGGAAGAUUUGUGUCUCUUCCUAUAAACUAAAUAUUCACAUGAUGAUACACAGUGAUGAAAAGCCUUUCAACUGCACUGAAUGUGGAAAAUACUUCAGAACCAAACAAUAUCUUCAAGUUCAUCAGAGAAUUCACACAGGAGAAAAACCUUACAAGUGUCCUCACUGUGGGGACAGUUUUAGUGUAAAGCAUACAUUACUAAGGCACCAGAGACUUCACACAGGUGAAAAACCUUUCAAAUGUUCUCAGUGUGGCAAGACGUUUGCUUGUUCAAGUAACUUAAAAAACCACGAAAGAGUUCAUACUGGAGAGAAACAUUAUCACUGUAGUGCAGGGGUCGGCAACUGGCGGCCCGCGGGCCAAAAGUGGCCCGCCAGCAAUAUUUUCUGGCCCGCCGGAUUAAUUUGAAGUCCGUUUUUUUAUUUUUUUUUUAAUCAGACUUUUUUAUUUUACAAUAACAGUUUACAAAAAUGUCCCCGUGUAUCAUUCCUUCAUUCGUUUUUUCAAAUCAAAACCAAAAAGAAAAUAAAGAAAAACGACUUGUUUUUCUAUUAUUUAUUUCCUGAACUAAAAUCAAACGACUCGUUUUCUGAAUGUGCGCUCAGAUCAAAAAUAAAAAAAUGAAUGAAAACGGGUUCGGACAAAUUUUAAUUGAACACCUUAGCAGACAUAUACCAAUGAAAUAAAUUUAAACAGAUCAGGUACUAACAGAUUACAUUUUAAUAAGG